UCUGAAUCAACAGAUGGCCUUAGACUCUGUGGACAAAUUUUAUUUCUCAGCAUUAUUUGAUGACGAACAAUUGUUCCCAAUUUCAGAUGAAAAAUAUGCUGAGGAAUUGCAUAUGCAAGAGGCCUUAAUGUCCGCAGCGGCAAUUUCAGUAUUCAAUAAGUAUACGAGGAUCAAGAAGGAAUUCGAAGAAUUUUCUGGAACAUUCUGCGUGAUUUGUAAGGACAAUAAGCCAGCAAAUGAAAUGUUCGUGACCAACAAUUGCUCACAUUCUUUCUGUGUAGCCUGCAUCAACAAAUAUGUUACUACCAAAAUAGUACAAGAAAAUGUUAGCGUUAUCAAGUGUCCGGAUAUUUCUUGUAAAGCCGUAAUUAAACCUAAGUUAUGUCGAGAAAUUGUUCCUAAGGAAGUGUUUGAUAAAUGGGAAAAUACUUUGCCUGAAACUCUUCUUUUGGGUAAUUCGCUGAAAUUGUACUGUCCUUAUAAGGACUGUUCAGCUAUGUUGGUUGUCGAUGGGAGUGACGCUGUGAUAGACACUGAGUGUCCUAAUUGCCGUCGAUUGUUUUGUGCUCAGUGCAAUGUGUCGUGGCAUGACGGAUUGGAGUGUAAGGAGUUUCAGCGUUUGGGCAGAAACGAGAAAGGGAAAGAAGAUGUGAUGCUGAUGGGAAUUGCCAAGAACAAGAAAUGGAGGAGAUGUCCCAAAUGCAAGGUCUAUGUUGAAAAGCGUGAUGGCUGUUUGCACCUAACUUGCCUAUAAUUUUCUCAAUUUCAUUAAUCUUAUUGUUAUUUUUCUGGUACAUAGGAAAAACUAAAAAGUAACUU